GCAGCGCGAACAUGACGGCGGCGCGCCUGCUGGGCCGGAGCACGGAGCGCAAGCUGCGGCUGCUGUGUCUGCACGGCAUGUACCAGGACGCGGCCACGUUCUCGGCCAAGACCAAGCCGCUGUGCGGCGCGGACGCGAGCGUGGACUUCGUCUUCCUGGACGGACCUUUUACCAUCGUGCCGCCGAUUCUCGCGCGCCAGAGCAAGCGCGCGAGUGCCUUCUCCGCCGCCGCGCCCAGCAAGCCCAAGCGCGUGCGCUGCGCCAAGAAGACGACCGAGUUCCGCGCGUGGUGGCGGCCGCUGGGCAUCCACCAGGAGGACCCCGGUAGCUUGGACGGAGACCGCGACGUGCUGCUGGACUUCCUGCGCGCGAAGCUGGACGAGGUCGGGGACGUGGACGGAGUCAUCGGUUUCUCCCAAGGGGCGAGUCUCGCGGCGUGGAUGUGCUCGCACGAGGCCCGAUCUGAGCUGCAGUGGUCUCCAAAGCUGGCCGUGCUCAUCGGCAGCUACCUGGGCUCCCCGCAGUACUCAUUGGAAUCGGGUGUGGUCCCGGACAUUGCGUCGCUGCACGUGUUCGGCUCGAACGACUACGUCAUUCCGGCCGCCAAGAGCCAGCAAGUGGUGGACAUAUUUAAACAGGAAGAGACCAUCCAGAACCGCGUGCUGACUUCGGUGCACACGCAGGGCCAUGUGAUCCCCAAGUGCGACGCGUCCAGGGAGCUGUUCGAGUCGUUCCUGGCCCUGCAGCAGCUGCGAUUGCUCGGCAGCUCCAGCAUUUCGCCCUCGGCGUCCUCGGAGGUCGGCGAGCGCGAAGAUCUGGCCCCCGAGCACAAGCACCAAAGUGUCCACCAAGUGUAGCCAUUUUAUUUCAUGCUUAGUUUCAUCCAAUGAUAAGGCUCCUCGAUCUAAUUUGCUG